GCAGGAGCGUUGUAACACCCAGUUUGGCACAUGGCUGGAUGCCACAGAUCACCGCCUCUCCACACAAUCAGAAACACCACAUGAAAAGGGAAGCAUUUUGUCAACUCUCAUUGCACCCCUGAAGUAUUUGAAUCCUUCAGCAGCAAACAUGGAAAAUGAGGAGAAUUUAAAUAUAAGCAGUGCUGAAGUAAAGGAGAACCGUAACACUGGCAAUUUAGAAGAUCAUUCAGUUACUUCUAAUGAAAGAUCAAGAGUAGCAGCUUCCAGGGUCAAAAGAAAAAGGCCUCUAGAAGAGGGCAACAGUGGACAUUUCUGCAAAUUUCAGCUCAUCUGCAAGAAGGUCUCAUGGACUGUAACGCCAAAGAAUGCCCUGGUUCAGCUACAUGAACUUAAACCUGGUUUACAAUAUAAAAUGAUUUCCCAAACUGGCCCUGUCCAUGCCCCAGUAUUUGCAGUUGCUGUGGAGGUCAAUGGACACACAUUUGAAGGCACUGGUCCGACAAAAAAGAAAGCCAAAAUGAGAGCUGCUGAACAAGCCCUCAAGUCAUUUGUGCAGUUUCCCAAUGCAUCUCAAGCUCAUUUUGCCAUGGGAAAUUGUUUCAACCCAUCUACAGACUUUACGUCAGACCUAGAAGACUUUCCAGACACUCUGUUCAAGGAGUUUGAACCAUCUGCACACAGUAAGGAAUUCUCAGUCUGUACACCUGUGAAUAACGAAUUGCUUUCUAAGGCCUGCCGUCAAGGGAAGCUACUCUACCACACAUUGGACUUCAUGAGCCACCCUAAACAAAACAAGAUGGCGUCCACCGCCAAGAGUGAAAAGAACCCAGUGGUGUUGCUCAAUGAGCUGCGGUCAGGACUGAGGUACGUCUGCCUUUCGGAGACUGUGGAGAAGCAGCAUAUCAAGAGUUUUGUGAUGGCUGUGAGAGUGGAUGGGAGAACAUUUGAAGGCUCGGGACGUAGCAAGAAGCUGGCUAAAGGUCAAGCAGCACAGGCUGCACUGCAGGCCCUCUUUAACAUUCGUCUGCCCAGUCACAUUCCCAGCAGGAGCAAAUGUAAUCAUUUGCCACAGGAAUUUGCUGAUUCCGUGUACCAAAUAAUUGCAGAGAAAUUUCAGGAGGUGACGGAUAACUUUGGUGCCCUCCAUGCAUGUCACAGAUCCCUUGCAGGAAUUGUAAUGACCAGAGGUAUGGACAUUCAGCAGGCUCAGGUUAUUGUGCUCUCCUCAGGCACCAAAUGCCUAAAUGGAGAAUACCUUAAUGAUCAAGGACUCGUGGUCAAUGAUUGCCAUGCAGAAAUUGUUGCUAGGAGAGCUUUCAUUCACUUCCUUUACUCACAGUUGGAGCUUCACUUGAGACAACAAGAAGACAGCGAACGAUCAAUCUUUGUGCGGUUAAAAGAGGGAGGCUACAGGCUAAAAGAGAACAUUCUGUUCCAUUUAUACGUGAGCACAUCACCUUGUGGAGAUGCACGCCUCAAUUCCCCCUAUGAAAUAACAUCUGACUUGAACAGCAUUAAACACAUAGUAAGAAAGUAUCGUGGGCAUCUUCGAGCGAAGAUUGAAUCAGGAGAAGGAACCAUACCAGCUCGAUGUACCAAUGGAAUUCAGACAUGGGAUGGCGUGUUGCUGGGGGAACAGCUAAUCACAAUGUCUUGCACAGACAAAAUUGCCAGAUGGAAUGUCCUUGGAUUGCAAGGCGCACUUCUUAGCUACUUCAUCGAGCCAGUAUAUUUGCAUAGCAUUAUUGUGGGAAGCCUCUCUCACACUGGUCACCUUUCACGGGUAAUGAGCCAUAGAUUAGAAGAUGUUGGUCAACUUCCAGCUUCAUACCGGUGUAAUCAGCUUCUCCUGAGUGGAGUGAGUAACGCUGAAAGGAGGCGGGCUGGGAAAUCACCUGGUUUCAGUGUGAAUUGGAUAGCAGGCACAGCAGACUUAGAGCUUAUUAAUGCCACAACAGGGAAAAAAAACUGUGGGAGUUGUUCACGACUCUGCAAGCACAUGUUUUACACUCAGUGGGCAAAGCUUUAUGGAAAGCUGAGCACACCGAUAUCAAGCCAUGGAGAAGUGCCAUCAGUGUACAGUGAGGCCAAACUGGUGGCACAUGUCUAUCAGUCUGCCAAACAGCAGCUGUUCAGAGCAUUUCAGAAGGCAGGCCUGGGCACUUGGGUGAAAAAACCCCCAGAGCAAGAUCAAUUUCUACUCGUGGUGUGA